GGUGCCGCAGCUCCCCGUGCUUCUCCCUCCCGCUACUCCUCUCAACUUCCAAGCUAUUCCCCCUGUCCCGUACUAAAUGCCUCCGUUCUUCUCCUACACCACCCUCCCCUACCAGCUCACGGAGGGCCCUUAUCCCAUGCGCGAGUUCUUGGAGUAUUUAGUGGAGCUAACUUACGUGGAGCACAACAUCGGGGAGCACUUCGUCGUCUACUACGUCAUUAUGCGGCCCAAGCCAGCGGAGAAGGAAGGGACGGUCGCGCUGUACCCAUUCGCCCAGCUCCAGAUGAUCGAUCCGGGAUUGUUGGAGCUCAUACACCUUGAGCUCCUCUCCAUUGCGCAGGUGAUCGCGAGCGAGGAGGAGGAGAUCCAACCGCGAUUGCGGACGGCGGCGACCCCACGGAGAACGUACAACGCUGUCGUCAUCCCGGAUUACAUUGCGCAGCGCGCGGAGAGAUUGGAGGACUUCCCGGAGGAAAGGCCGUUGAGGCCUCCCUCGUCGUAUCCCCGACCGGCGCCACCGAAGGCCCCCAAGAAGAUGCCGAAGAGGAAGAGACGCCACCCAUCGCCAGGGGCGCAAGGCAGCAGGAUCGGCGGCGGCGAGGAGGUGAUUCAGUCCGCACGUCCGCGAAAUCCGGACCCCGUGCCUGGGAGUGCGGCGACGCUUGUUAAGGAGGCUGUCGUGCCAUCGCCGCCCGUUCCGCGUGUGCCCGAUCUCAACCUUGAUGGAGCCGGGCCAUCAUCAUCAGCAGCUGCCGGAGGAGGAAGCCGAAUGGGAUUACCAGAUCCCAUAUCCAGACCCCCCGUCCUCGCGGGACCUCUCUGCUCCCGCCAUCCACCUCGGGGUGCCCCGGUCAUUGACAUUAGUAGUUCAUCCGAGCCGGAUGGUCCAUUUGACCGAGGUGGACUUCAUGGUGGAGCCCGCCACCAUAAGGCUCGAGGCCAUCGCGGGGGCGGUGCGCCUUGAUCCGGCGUGGGAGCCAUAUAUGACACCCCCUUUUCAAGGGUGUAUUGCGGCGCGAUUGGCUGCCAGUGGGACGCUCAUCUACGAG